GCUAGCUUUGCUGGCUUGCUGGCUGUCUACUAAAACAAUAUCCUCUUGAGUACGUAGUCAGUCAAUCCCACCUCCCCCUUUACCAUCCCUCCAAACAAAUGGUUGCACUUACAACGUUCAAGCGUAUACAAAGAUGCAGCAGCUCGGAAGGCAGAAGGCAUCAGAGUGUAGCAGCAGACCUAGAUGGCACCCUUCUUGUGUCUCGAAAUGCUUUUCCAUACUACAUGCUUGUAGCCUUGGAAGCCGGCAGCCUCUUGAGGGGAAUACUCCUCCUCGUGUCGGCCCCUCUGGUCUACAUCACCUACAUAUUUUUCUCCGAAGCUUUAGCCAUACAGAUGCUCAUUUUCAUCUCCUUUGCGGGACUCAGGGUUCCAGACAUUGAGAUGGUGGCUCGUUCUGUGUUGCCUAGAUUCUACGCAGAUGAUGUGCACCCAGAGGGUUGGAGAGUCUUCAGCUCUUUCGGAAAGAGAUACAUCGUCACAGCUAGCCCGAGAAUCAUGGUUGAACCCUUUGUCAGCAAGUUCCUAGGGGCCGACAAGGUCCUGGGGACUGAGUUGCAGGUUACAAAAUCUGGCAGAGCCACUGGGUUCGUCAAGAAACCUGGAGUUCUCGUCGGACAUCUAAAGAGGAAGGUUGUUGAGAAGGCAGUCGGCGGAGCUGAUAACUCACCUGACGUUGGCAUCGGGGAUAGAGAGACUGAUUACGAUUUCAUGUCCAUUUGCAAGGAAGGGUACAUUGUGCCCCCAAGCAAAUGCAAUCCGGUGCCUAGGAACCAAUUGUUGAGCAAAGUGAUCCACCAUGAUGGCCGCUUGGUCCAGCGCCCCACUCCCUUUGUCUCCCUCCUCACCUUUAUGUGGUUGCCCAUCGGCUUCGUCCUCUCACUGGUUCGCGUCUUCUCGACGAUGAUGGUCCCCCAGCACAUUCUGUUCUACGUGUACAGCUUCAUGGCUGUCAAACUCGUCGUCAAAGGUGUCCCUCCCCCUCCCCCUCAGAAAGGUCAUCCUGGCGUCCUCUUUGUCUGCAAUCACCGCACCCUCGUAGACCCUGUCAUCACCGCAGUUGCCCUCCGCCGCAAAAUCAGUUCCGUCACCUACAGCAUCAGCAGGUUCUCUGAGCUCAUCUCCCCCAUCAAAGCUGUUGCGCUAUCUAGGGAGAGAGAGAGGGAUGGUGCAAAUAUGAGACGCUUAUUAGAAGAAGGGGACUUGGUGAUCUGUCCCGAAGGCACCACAUGCCGUGAACCCUUUCUUCUGAGAUUCAGCGCCCUCUUCGCUGAGCUCUCUGAUCGAAUUGUUCCAGUUGCCAUCAAUGUCAAACAGAGCAUGUUCUAUGGCACGUCCGUGAGGGGAUGGAAAAUGCUGGAUCCCUACUUUGUGUUCAUGAGCCCAACUCUCACCUACGAGGUCACCUUCUUGGAGCAGCUGCCAGAAGAGCUGACCUGUGCAGGGGGGAAGUCACCCGUUGAGGUUGCUAAUCACAUACAGAGCGAGGUCGGGCGCACGUUGGGGUUCGAGUGCACCAACUUCACUAGGAAGGACAAGUACUCUCUGUUGGCCGGAACUGACGGUGUGGUCCCAACCAAAAAGUAGCAACAACAUAUCUUGAAUCGAUUAAUGUCUGCUGCUUUAUCGUGGGACUUGCAUAAAAACCAAUAAGAGGCCUUUUGCAAGUGCUACCGCAUUCAAAAACUAAAGCAUCGAUUGUUUGUUAUUGAUCUUCACUAGUGCAUUCGCUUCUUUCAUUAAUUACGGCUAGAUAGCAUCUAAAUACCUUAAGGGUGCGUUUGGGAACUUGGAUUUGGGCCUGGAUUUAAAAUACUGGGUAUUUCAAAUCCAAAUAUCUAGUUUGGGUUCUGAUUUGGACCUAGAUUUUGAAUCCAUUGAUUUAACAAAGAUGAAUUUAAAAGCCCAAAACAACUGAUUUCAAAU